UGAAAGUUUGUCAGUGUGUGGACGACUGGCUGCUGGAGACUGAACACUGAGAGAAACAGUGAAGUGGAUGUUCUCGGCUUUGUUUCUGUUUAUCAGCUGUUGGACAUAUCAGCAUCACCUCCACAUCACGGACCCUCCGCUGCGCUCACACCCGAGGGUGCAGCUCUUACAGAGAUGGCUGUGUUACUGUGCUGUGACAGGACACUUCUAUUGGCUGUGGUCAUCUGUUUUCUGCCUUGCAUCACUUCCUCCCUCAAUUUGGAGGAUCCCAACGUCUGCAGCCACUGGGAGAGUUACUCAGUGACGGUGCAGGAGUCGUACGCCCACCCUUUUGAUCAGAUUUAUUACACCAGCUGCACCGACAUCCUGAACUGGUUCAAGUGCACCAGACACAGGGUGAGCUAUCGUACAGCAUAUCGCAGAGGAGAGAAAACCAUGUACCGGAGAAAAUCCCAAUGCUGUCCGGGUUUUUAUGAGAAUGGAGAGAUCUGUGCCCCAUUUUGUGCAGAGAGCUGUGUUCAUGGCCGCUGUAUGGCCCCCAACACCUGCCAGUGUGAACCGGGCUGGGGGGGCUCCAACUGCUCCAGUGCUUGUGACAGUAACCACUGGGGACCCCACUGCAGUAACAGAUGUCAGUGCCAGAACGGAGCACUGUGUAACCCCAUCACUGGAGCCUGUAUCUGCACUCCCGGAUACAGAGGCUGGCGCUGUGAGACCCAGUGUGAAAUGGGUACCUACGGAAACGGAUGCCAACAGAAAUGUCAAUGCCAGAAUGGUGCUGCCUGUCACCAUGUGACUGGAGAAUGCAGGUGCACACCAGGAUACACUGGAGCUUUUUGUGAAGACCUGUGUCCUCCAGGUAAACAUGGGCCGCAGUGUGAGGAGAGAUGUCCUUGUCAGAAUGGUGGAGUGUGUCAUCAUGUGACUGGAGAGUGCUCCUGUCCUGCAGGAUGGAUGGGUACAGUGUGUGGCCAGCCAUGUCCAGAGGGGAGAUUUGGACAGAACUGCUCCCAGGAAUGUCAGUGUCACAACAAAGGCUUUUGUGUGUUGUCCACUGGACAGUGUCUUUGCACCACUGGAUACACAGGAGAAAGGUGUCAAGACGAGUGUCCUGUUGGAACUUAUGGUGCUAGCUGCGCAAAGACCUGUCGCUGUAAGAACAACAGCAAGUGCUACCACACCAACGGAAUGUGUCUGUGUGAGCCAGGGUACACAGGCGAGAUCUGUGAUGUGCGACUGUGCCCUGAGGCGCACUACGGCCUCCGAUGUGACAGGAAGUGUCCUUGUUACCUCCAGAACACACAAAGCUGCCACCCAAUGUCAGGAGAGUGUACAUGUCAGCCUGGCUGGUCCGGCCUCUACUGCAACGAGACGUGCACCCCUGGAUUUUAUGGCGUGUCCUGCCAGCAGGUGUGCCAGUGUCAGAAUGGUGCCGACUGCCACGGUGUGAGCGGACAGUGUAUCUGUGCUCCAGGCUUCACGGGUCCCAACUGCUCGAUCCCGUGCCCAGCAGGGACACACGGGGCGAACUGCUCCUCCAGCUGUAGCUGUAAGAACAGAGCUCAGUGUUCUCCUGUGGACGGAUCAUGCUCCUGUAAACCAGGGUGGCAUGGGGUGGACUGCUCCAUCAACUGUCCCAGUGAUACCUGGGGUCUGAGCUGUAACCUCACCUGUAUGUGUGGGAAUGGAGGAUCAUGUAAUGCCCUGGAUGGUACCUGUACCUGUGCUCCUGGCUGGAGAGGAAGGAAGUGUGAAGUCCACUGUCAGGAUGGCAGCUAUGGUCUUGACUGUAAAGAACAUUGUGACUGCAGUCACGCCGAUGGAUGUCACCACUCCUCUGGUCACUGCCGCUGUCUGGCUGGAUGGACUGGUAUCCAUUGUGACAGUGUGUGUGCAGAGGGCCGCUGGGGCCCAAACUGCUCCCUCCCCUGUAACUGUAAGAAUGGAGCUUCCUGCUCACCUGAUGAAGGAACCUGUGAGUGUGCUCCAGGAUACAGAGGCACCACCUGCCAGAGGAUCUGCUCCCCUGGUUACUUUGGUCACCGCUGCAGUCAGACCUGUCCACAGUGUGUGCACAGUAACGGACCGUGCCACCACAUUACAGGACAGUGUGAUUGUUUGCCGGGCUUCAAGGGGGCACUUUGCAACGAGGUGUGUCCCAGCGGUCGCUAUGGGAAGAAGUGUCUAUGGAGCUGCAGCUGCACCAACAACGGCACCUGUAACCCCAUCGAUGGUUCCUGUCAGUGUUACCCAGGAUGGAUCGGUAGUGACUGCUCCCAACCAUGUCCACCUGGUCAGUGGGGACCCAACUGCAUCCACACAUGUAAUUGUCACAAUGGAGCCUACUGCAGCGCAUAUGAUGGAGAAUGCAAGUGCACCCCAGGAUGGACCGGCCUCUACUGCACACAGCGCUGUCCUUUAGGUUUCUAUGGGAAGGAUUGUUCUCAGACCUGCCAGUGCAGGAAUGGAGCUGACUGUGAUCACAUCUCUGGACAGUGCACCUGUCGCACUGGUUUCAUGGGACGUCAUUGUGAACAAAAGUGUCCUCCUGGUUCGUACGGGUAUGGCUGCCGUCAGGUCUGUGACUGUCUAAAUAACUCCACCUGUGAUCACAUGACUGGUACAUGUUACUGCAGUCCAGGCUGGAAAGGACCUCGCUGUGACCAAGCGGGAGUGGUGGUGGUGGGCAGCCUCAACAGUUUGACCAGUGCAGCCAUGCAUGUGGACACCUACCAGAUCGGAGCCAUUGCAGGAAUCAUUUUCUUGGUUCUACUGGUCCUCUUCCUUCUACUCCUCUUCAUCAUCUACAGGAAGAAGCAGAAGGGAAAAGAGCCCACCAUGCCAGCUGUGACCUAUACUCCUGCUAUGAGGGUCACUGCUGAUUACACCAUUACAGAUGCCCACCCACCAACAUGUGAGGGUCACCCCAGCAACUACUUCUCCAACCCAAGCUACCAUACUCUAACCCAGUGCAGCAGUCCAUCACAUGUUAACAAUGGUCCUUAUGGAAAGACCAAGAAUAACCAGCUGUUUGUGAACCUGAAGAAUGUAGAUCAGCGAAAAGGGAAUCCUCUAACUGAUCACACUGGCACACUGCCCGCAGACUGGAAACAAGGGGAUUGCUUCAAUGAACUGGGAGCCUACGGAAUUGAUAGAAGAUACAUGGGCAAAUCAUUACGAGAUCUGGUCAAGGGCACACCCUAUCAUGCCAGUUCCUGUUCCCUAAACAGCUCUGAAAAUCCAUAUGCAACAAUAAAGGACCCUCCCCUACUUACAACCAGAAACACUGAGUGCGGCUAUGUGGAAAUGAAGUCACCAGCCAGACGGGAUUCACCAUACGCAGAGAUCAGCAACAGCAGCCCCAACAAUAACCGGAAUGUCUAUGAAGUUGAGCCGACUGUGAGCACCAUCCCACCCACUGGAGACGGCCGCACACAGUUUGGUCAGGAUCCAUACGAUCUACCAAAAAACAGCCACAUCCUCUCUCACUACGACCUCCUGCCGGCCAGAGAGAGUCCGUCAUCCGAGGUCAAGGAGCUGGACAGUGAAUGAUGGCUUAGUGACUUGGCACAGAGUUCAGGUUCCACAGCUCCAGCACUGGAUGUUCCACAAACAGACACUUUAUACCCACAUCAUCAUUUUACUUGUUUCUAGCUGUUAUACUUUGACAUUCUCAUUGUCAUUAUGUGUCAUGACUUCAAAGUGGGUACAAAGUGUUGAAGGCACAGCUGCUGUAUUUUUACAACAAUAUUUAAACUGCAACAAAGUCUUCGUAGGUCAUUCCAUAAGUCUGGGAGGUAAGGUUUGAUUGAAGAAUGCUUUGAACAAAACAGUUUGGAUGAUGUUCUGUCUGACCUUUACCUUGCAGGUAAAGCCUGCGGCCUCCUUCUGACUGCCAAUCGAAUCUUUCUCCAACAACCUUGUUGUUGCACGUCUCCUCAAUGCAACAAAUUGUACUAACGGUGAUUUAAAAAAACACAUAUUCAGCUUGUGGCAAAGUAUUUGAGGUGUUGAACUUGGUUGCACAAACAAAAAGUGGUCUUCCAUCCUCUCAUACCUUCAUAUACCUGGCUAAUUGCUGUCAAAACGAGUGUGUGACUGUUGGAUUGUGUUAUUCCUAGGCAGAAGUGGUGUAAGAUGCUGUCAAAUGUUCAGAGCACUUCAUUUCAAGAGAAUAUUCCUUUAUUAUGUUUGUGUAUAACAUUCAAUACCAAGAUCUCUAUUUUGUAGUUACCGUAUAAAAAAAAUGGCUAAUGUGGUUGAAUAUUAGCAGUUGUAUCAAAUAAUAGAUUAUAUUUGAAGUUGGAGUGAUGAAGGGUACCAGAAUCAAGCUGCUGACAGUGUUGAUGUUUGCACAUAGUAAUGACAUCAGUUGUUGUCAGUCAGUGUUGAAAUAGUAUUUAAGUUAACCAAAGUUGCAAAUGCCAUUUAAUGUUUUUAUAAGUGUAUUUCAAAGCUCUGCUAAUCUGCUUAAUCCAAGCGAUACUGAGCCCAUUUUCGUUUUUUGGUCAUUCCCACUAUUUUCCUGUUUAGUUCAGGAAAAUAUCAUAUUGAAUAUGUAGGAGACAUUGUUUAUAUUAAAUAAAAAAAAACUAAAAUCAGAAUUCAUAAAUAUCAGUCAUACAGCUCAGUGGUCAUGAUCACCAUUCUGUAAUCUCUGUUACCAUUAACAGUUAAUCUUCUGACCAUCAUGUUCUUCUAUAAAGUAGUACUUUGCAUCAGCAACUUCCUGCCAUCUCCAUCUGCCAGUCAACAAGCUACAGCUAAACCCUGCCUCUGUAAUAAGUAGAGCCCAUACAGCCACAUUGGUUGAAGAGACUCUUGCACUACAACAAGCAAGGUGAGGUACAUGUGACAGUAGCUGAACUUCCUUCCUAUGGCACCUAGACUGUGAGAUAUCAGCAAUCGAAGAAGUGUAUUGUAAUCCAAACUACCAACCUUUGUAAACUCAGAGGUUACAAAACAAUAUACCAAAAUAAUGAUUGUGUGUGACCAUCAGCACGUCCACAGUGGUGAACUAUAAGCAAGAACAGAGGCCCUUGCAAUAUUGAUAUUUAUAUGUAAGGAAACGUAAGUUGAAGUAGCAGUUACAUGAUUUUGGAGCCAGAGCCAAAGAUAGCGCCACGUUUCCUUCACGUCAGAACAAGGAUUCAAAACUACCCUUUACACAAGCACAUGCUUUAUAUUUUGAACAGAAAAUGUUAAUCUGAGCUAACACACUUUUGUCCCGUGCAUACCGUAGUAUAAGCCUGUUAUAAUGAGAGUCACAUGACAAAAAUCCCUUAUUAUAAAUUUGAAUUCGUAUAAAGUUGUCCUGGCAGAAUUUAAGCUACAGGUUGUGCCACUAAAAUGAUGUGACUGUGUGUUUCUCUUAGAAAAUGCUUAACGCUUAGCUCAAUUUCCCUACACAUUAUUAUUUUUUCUGAUUACAACAUAAUGUCAAUAAGAUGUUUGUUAAUUGUGUUGAUAUAGUGAAUAACUUUGUGUUGUUGUGCGAAUGGAGUGUUAUCUGAUCCAUUAUUUUAACUGUGUAAAAGCAUACAGAACAUGUAGCAUGGUGAAAAUGACCAAUAAUAGAAAAUCCACCAGAGCGUUGGUCAGCCCAUGUUCUUCAGAAGGAGCCAGAAUCUGGGGCCUGACUAAACAAAACAACCUUACAAUACCUUUUACAAACCAGCAUGUUUCAGAUAGACCCAUCAAGUAGGUCAAAGUGAGACAAGCUCCAUAGUUUUUGUAAGGAACAUAAAAACCCUCUUCCUUAUACUGUAAAUGCACCAUACUUAACAAACUAGGACAUUUUAGAUAUGGCAAAAACUAAAUAAUUAAUCAUUUGUGGAUCAGACAACAAUGAAAGUGGACUUAUUUCAAAUGGCUUCCUUUGGUUUGUGUUAUACACUGUUCUUCUGUUUGGUUGUUCAGCUCCACACAAUUGUAAAAAUUAUGGUAAAGACACAUGUGCUUUACCAUUCACUGACAGCACUGCUAUAACCCAUUGAAGUGCCUGUACCUUGCAUUUAGUUUCUGAGCAGUGCCUAUAAAUAGAUCUGCAAAUUGUGGCAACAAAAGCACAGAUUUUACUAUGUUACAUGUUAUACCAUAUCACAUUAUAUAGUUUCAACAGUGUUACUUGGUCCAGUGUACGUUCUGCACUGGUUUGUCUCUUUUUUUGUAAAGUAUUGGUUGUCCUGCUGAAUGCAGAGAUAACAUUGUGGUUAUUGUGUUUGUUGCUUGAACAAUGACGAUUGACAAACUUGACAAACCCUAAUUAGUAUCAGGAGCAUGUAGUAGUUUAACCAAAUUUACUGGGAGCUGGCACUCUAAACAGGCACCCAGUCCACCACCAGGAUUCAUGACCUCCAGCGUGGAGCAUUUCCACGACUCAAUAUAUUUAUACUGAAGAGUCCAACACGAGAUACAUGCAGGGUCAUCACAUUAAUUCCACCUCAGUUAAAAUACUUAAAUCACCAGUUUAACUCAGUCAUCUGCACUUUAACAUCUAGUCAAUGACACAGUUGGUAAGCUGAUCUUAAGUUUAUCAGUUUAAAGGGCUCAGCAUGUGAAAUGCAAGCUUAAGCUGGAUUUUUGCUUUUUGGAAGGAUAAUUAUAACCAUUUACAUUAUUGUAUUGUACUGUAAUAAACAUUGUCAUAUUUCACCUACAAUUGUUCAGUAAAAUGUCACAUCUCAAUUUUAGUUUGAUAGUUUGUCUUUUUAUCUUUCUUGUAUUCUGAAUGGCUUAAAAUAGAAGUCCAAAGCUAUUCCGAGUCUAUUCUGAGUCUAUUCUAAAUGCUUGUAAAAUAAUGUACAUAAUUUGACAUGUUCUGAUGUAAAAAUGUUGAUAACACCCAGUGUCUUAAGUCUGAAAAUUUGAAAACAUGAACAAAUGUGGCAUUUGGUUUAUGUGUUUAUGUAAAGAAUAUGUGUACUUGGAAAAUCUAUAGAUUCUGGAUUUCUUUUGAAUUCUCUUCCCUUUCUCUUCUGCCAGAAUACUGUGGAUUGAAAAACCACUAAAGAUGUUUGCUCUGAAAGGAAUGUUUGAGUUUUUCUCAAGCAUCAUCUGUCUCUUGGCUCUUUGAACCUUUAUUCCUCCAUUUGAAAGAUAAUUUCCACGCAAGCUUCCAGUGCACAUUUCCACAUAGGGUUACGAUGAUUUGACCACUAUCAUGAGAUUCUAUCUAUUAUGCUUUUGCUUUUUUUAUUUUAUUCAUUAUAGAGCUGUUUGUGCGAAUGCCCUGGAAUAAAAUGAUAAUAUCAUUAAAUACUU